UAACAAAAGCUGGAUGUCUGUGAUCUGACAUCUGAUUAUCUGUCGUCAGUUUCACCUUUCAAUUAUUUCAGGGACUUCACAAAUUUAUAUUAGUAGUCUCAGUGAUACUUCAACACCGCUGUAUUUGUAGUUGCUGCUUUUCUGUAACAAUUUUCUGAAAUCUAAUUCGUGAGGAUGGGUGGAGAUCACCAUCAUCAUCACAAGGUGGAAGUUCCAGACUACAGAAUAUACAAAGUGGAAGAUUGUCCUGAAUUGGUUAGAGUACAACAAGAAUUGGCGAGGAAAGGUCUGAAGGAUCCCUGGCUCAGAAAUGAAGUGUGGAGAUUCAACACCAAGGAGUAUGGGACUUACUCAUCCAGAGUGUCUUCAAUGUUUGCUCGGGGUGCCAGGUUUGGGUUGAUUGCGUUCGCUGUGACUCUGGCUGUUGAAACUGUGUCUGACAUGAUGAGUCCUGAAAUGCCCCAUGGACACGACCAUCACUAAUUUAAAAAGCCCAUGCUUGCUAGAAUGCUCUUUAACUGUUGUAAAAUAAAGUACUUUAGUUAUUGUUUA